CCCCUCCAGAGCGCGCGCCAACAAGCUGCCGUCUGUGCGUAAAAGGUGUAGAGGUGCGCAUUUCUCCGCAGGCUGAAGCGCGCGUCAAAAGCACCAUGUCGCUGCAGCAGAUUCGGGACGAAAGCGACUUUGAUCAGCUCCCUCACAACAUCCCGAUCACGGCCACCAUCGCCGACAUCGAGGAAGUCAAGGGCUUCAUCGACUACUAUAGGUUUAUAAUCGAAGUGAAGACAAAAGGAGGAGGCAAAUAUCUGAUCUACAGGAGGUACCGAGAGUUUUUCAACCUGCACCAGAACCUGGAGGCGAAAUACUCCCCCGAAAACCCCGACAGGCCGGGUCCCAACACCUGCAAGCUGCCCUCCAUUCCAGGAAAAAUCUUCAUUGGGAACAAACAGGAGAUCGCAGAGAGCAGAAUCCCUGAGCUCAACACGUACAUGAAGAGGCUGCUGGGCCUGCCCGCAUGGCUGCUGCUGGACGACAGCCUCCGGAUGUUCUUCUACCAGACCGAGCAGGACAGCGAGCACCAGCCCCGAGCGCUGCGGCGGCUCCGCCCUCGAACCCGCAAAGUGAAAACAGUGAAAUCCCCGAAGAUGGACCUCCUCUCCUCUCCCAGGGCUGAGGCGAUGUUUGACUUUCGCGGGAACGGCAAGGCAGAGCUGAACCUGAAGAGGGGAGAGGUGAUCUUCCUGCUGCGACGAGUCAACGCAGACUGGCUGGAGGGGACGGUCAACAAUCAGACGGGCAUCUUCCCAGAAUCCUUUGUGAAGAUCAUCAAGCCCCUCCCGGAGAGCGACUCCGAGGGCGAAGGCGGAGGCCGUCCGUACAGCUGCCUGCGCUGCUUCCUGCUCACCCCCUCCGGAGUCGACACCAGAGAUGUGUGUGUGCAGGAAGACCUCAGCAUCCAGCCCACCUACAAGGACCUUCUGGCCCGCAUGAGGGACGUCUUCAAGGUGGACGACAUCGCCCUGAACUACCGCGACCACGAGCGCGACCUCAUCCGCAUCCUGGACGACGACGACGUGCAGCUGAUGAUCCGGGAGAGCCGCGGCCGGCCCGGCAAGGACGACCGGCCCGUCAAUCAGUUUCCAUGGCAACUGCACGUCACCCUGACCUCUGACCUUUCUGUUUACAAUGUGGAAGCCUGAGUGAGGAUUGUUCCAGGUGUUUUUUGUUUUUUUUUUUAAUUCGUUGUAGCAGUUCAGCAUUUCAGUUCAGCAUUCAGCCUGUAAAUCAACAUUUCUGCGUUUUGCUCUCCUGGAUUCUUCGUCCUCUCUGGAUUAUGUUCAGUGAAGAUGAUAAAUACAGACAGGGCGACGUGUGUGUAAGAAUUUUAAGUCAGUGACCUUUAAAGAACAAACUUGUUCUUAGUAUCAUUUUUUGUUAGAUUCCUCCAAAACACACAUUUUGGUCGAAUAAAAAAGCUUUUAUAAUGAAAGAGCAGGAAUUUGUUGUCAUCUGCUUUUUGUUACCGGCGACCUUGAGAAUCCGUUCAAUGCUGCAUUUCACAUCCCUCCCUGAACUCAGGCCGGUCCAGUUGUGUAAGAUCCAGCUGUCGUCAGAGUGAACCGAGUCCUUUCUGCAGUUCUGGAUUCUUGCUCAUAUUCAAGGUCCCUGUGGUGAAAGGCUGCAGAGAGAAGUGAAGUGUUUACGUCCGCAGUGGCUUUACGUGACAGAGUGUGUUCGGUCUGGACUCCAAACGCUGCCACUGCACACAAUACUGCUUUAAAGGUCAUUUAUAUGCUUCAAAACUAAACUUUCAGGCAAAUCACACAAGUUUUAAAGCAAAAUAUUGACAAUCCAACAGGUUUUUAUUAUUAACAGUGACAUUUGAUGAAAAUUAUAUUGUCACAAAAAAACAAACAGUUACAACAAAAAAUGAUACAAUCUCAACAUGAAGUCAGCUUUAAUGAUAUGUUCUGGUGCAAAAUACAGUGAAAUAAUAAUAAUAAAAAAAAGCCGUUUUAUUAUGCAUUUUUUUAAAACACUGACUCUCGUGGCUUUGAGGCUGACGCUAGUUUUCUCAUUUUAGUGGGCCGGACUGGAGCCUGUUGUGAGCCUGUUUGGGCCCGCAGGUCUUAUGUUUGACACCCCUGAUAUUGCUGAUGAAUUCUUCCUUUGCGGUUCAUAAACAACACUCCUGUUUGUCUGAAGAUUUGGUGUCCAGCUGUUGUAAUUCUCACUGAUGCUUCUUUU